GGCAAUCCACCACGAGGCCUCCAUUAUUUGAUGGAACAAAUUACACAUAUUGGAAGGAGCGGAUGAGAAUUUUCAUACAAUCCAACAACUUUCUCCUAUGGAGAAUUAUCAAGAAUGGGGAAGAAGUACCCAUGAUGAAAGUUGGGGAAACCACCGUUCCCAAAACCGAAGACGAAUACGAUGCGCAGGAUAUCAAGAAAAUAGAGAACAACGCCAAGGCUAUCAACAUUCUUUACUGUGCAGUAAAUCUAGACAACUACCGGAAAAUUUCAUGUUGUUCGACCGCUAAGGAUAUGUGGGACAAGCUCGAAAUCACAUAUGAAGGUACGAAUCAAGUCCGAGAAGCUAAGAUAGAUUUUCUAACCCAUGAAUAUGAAUUGUUUCGUAUGAAGGAGAAUGAGAAAAUCGAUGAGAUGUUUGAACGAUUCUCCAAAAUCAUUAAUGAUCUCCAUGCUCUCAAGAAGACGUACACGGACAAGGAGCUUGUGAGAAAAAUCCUGCGAAGUCUCACACCGGAGUGGCGAUCCAAAGCCGAUGCCAUUCAAGAAUCCAUCGGCAUCACCAACGUCACCAUUGACGGACUUAGAGACGAGUUCGGGAUCGUGCUCAAGAAAUUUCAUAAGUUCAUGAGCCAAGAGUAUGAACGGAAAGGAAAGAAGCAAGGAGGUCCACCCAAAUACUAUGGGUGUGGAGAAGUUGGGCAUAUAAAGCCAAAAUGUCCAAACGCCAAGAACAAGAAGAAAAUGUUCAAGAAACACCGAGCCUACAUCUCAUGGGGAGGUGAUUCCGGCGACGAGUCAUCGGAAGGCGAAGAAAAUGAAAGCGCCAACCUUUGCCUCAUGGCACACGAGGAACCACCGGAAGAGGAACAAGUUGCAAAACUUGAAGGAACUUUGAAGAAGUUUGGUGUUUCUCAUAAAAACCUUUAUGAUGUUCUUGACAAUUUGCAACUUACUAAACAUGGCUUAGCGCAUGUGAUAUCCAAACCCCUCAGAGAUUCGGUGAGAUAAGAUGUCAAUAUAUAGGAAAUGGAGAGGCAGCGAGGUGAUUGUAUUUUGAGACCCUCUUAAUAACUUCCAAAGCAUCGAUUUCAAGGCGUUGUUUGGAUGUUGGCUGUCUACUACUUACUGUUUGUAUCAGCUGUUCAAAAUAGCUACUCCCUCCGUCCGGAAAUGUUCUUCCCAUUUGACUUUUUACGGUUUCCAAGAUUGUACUUUGACCACUAAUAUCUUUAUUUAUGUAUGGAUAUAUUUUAUAAAAAUUUGAUAUUUGAAAACUAUAUUUCAAAAUGAAUAUAUUCAUAUUAAAGUUAUAUCUUAAUG